AUGCCCUACGGCGUCACUAUGCGUUCCUGUAUUCUCUCUACCCUCCUGCUGGCUACCGCGGCCUUCGCAAUGCCUCACAGCCCGAAUCAGCAGCGCAGCAAAAUAAAUACCGACGACAUUCCCGUGGUUAAUCUUGUCACUGGCCUGCUGAGAGCACUCAAUGUCGACGCUGACGUAUCCGUCAACCCCGAUAACCUGUUGAAGAAUAUGAGCAAGAGCCAAGUGCAUGGUCUAGCAGCAUGUGCUAAGCAAUAUCUUCCUGAAGAUGCUGCGGCUUCUGCCUCAGCGUCUGGGAAAUACAGUUAA